UCGACUCGCGGCGAGAGGAGCCCACGCCCCGGGCAGGGGCCGUCGGAAGCCGGCCGGAGCUGCGUUUCUGUGGGACUCGGCGCCGAAGCGGCCUCGUGCACCUUCGGGGGACCGAACAACCUCACGGCGUGGACCCGAGCGAGGAGGUGGCUCUCCGCCCCGCCGCGUACUUACUCCGCUUCUGCAGACCGCCUCGGUGUUUGCUCUCGCUGACUGGCUGGAGCCUGGCGGCCCGUCAGCGCCGAAGCUUCAGCUCCCUCAGGUGCAGGAACCCCCUGGGCAGAGGCCUCCCUCAGCACAGCCAGAGAUGGCAUCAGUGGAUUUCAAGACCUACGUGGAUCAGGCCUGCAGAGCUGCUGAGGAGUUUGUCAACGUCUACUACACUACCAUGGAUAAGCGGCGGCGUCUCCUAUCCCGCUUAUACAUGGGCACAGCCACCCUGGUGUGGAACGGAAAUGCUGUUUCAGGACAAGAGUCCUUGAGUGAGUUCUUUGAAAUGUUGCCUUCCAGUGAGUUCCAAAUCAAUGUGGUAGACUGCCAGCCUGUUCAUGAUGAAGCUACUCCGAGCCAGACCACAGUCCUGGUUGUGAUCUGUGGAACAGUGAAGUUUGAGGGUAACAAACAAAGGGACUUCAAUCAGAACUUCAUCCUAACUGCCCAAGCCUCUCCCAGCAACACAGUGUGGAAGAUAGCAAGUGACUGCUUCCGGUUCCAGGACUGGGCCAGCUAGAGGGUCAAGAAAGCCCUCUGCUUCAGCCCCAGCUCUGUAGGGAAACAUAGAUCUCAAAAUAUGGGACUACAAGUUCCUUUCUGUUGUUGCAGACUGCCCUGCCCAGGCAGAACUCUGUCUGCUCAAGUUUGAAUAGCCUGUUUCUGAGCUUACACUUGUUUGUCAUAGUUGCCUUUUCAAAGUAGUAAACUUUUCUAUUUUUCUACUUGCCCAGUAGAGAACCUGGUUCUGGAAAUCUGACCAAUAAAACCAUAAUACAAAUGUUGCUUCCUUUCCCUUG